CAGAGCAGAUUCGGCGAGAGAAGCGAGGGAGGAAAUAGCCAGAAGAAGAAGCAACAUGGACACAAACGCCCAUUUUUGUUUCAAACUUUCUUUCUGACUCGAACGUAUCCCAGCGACGUAUUUUUUCCCCCCAUGGAUGUUUUUGCUCGGGAAUGGACUAAACUCCAGCUGCAGGACGCGAGAGUGAUGUGAACAUCGGAAGGUUUAUCUUCACAUUCUGGAGGGAGAAUGUUGUCAUUUUGACUCCGGAGGAAUUCCGGACUGGCCUGGUGUCCUCCUGCCCUGCCGCAGUGGCAGCGAAGAAGAUGGGAGAUGAUAGCGGCAUGAGACGGACCUUCAUCGUCCCUGCCGUCAGGAGCUUCGACCACUAUGACGUCAUCAGGGCCAAGAUCACCUGCAGCUUGACCUGGCUGGUGGCCAAGGCCUUUGGCUCUGAUGAAGUACCAGACGAGCUGGUGGAGCCUUUCUACAGGGACCAGUACAACCAAGAGCACCUGAAGCCUCCUGUGGCCUGCUUGCUCCAGUCUGCAGAGCUCUACUGCCGUGCGGGAAGCUUGAUCCUGCGCAGCGAUGCGGUCAAACCUUUACUGGGCCACAACGCCGUCAUCCAGGCUCUGGCCCAGAAAGGUUUGUAUGUCACCGAUCAGGACCGACUCGUGACAGAGAGAGAUCUGACCAGCACGCCUAUACUCAUGAGUUCCCAUAUGGCGCUGAUAGACACGCUGAUGAUGGCGUACGUGGUGGAGAUGAUGAGUGUGGAGAGGGUGAUGUCCUGCAUCAACAGACAUUGCUUUACCGAGCCAUCACACGAUGACGCUCACUUCCAGGAGCUGCCUUAUGACACCGAGGAUGCCAUCACCACCUGGAUAAACAAGGUAAACGAACACCUGAGGGACAUUCUUGUUGAAGAGCAGAAACUUAGAGAAGUUUCUCACCAAGACUCAAACACAAUGUCCAAGGCGCGUUACAGAAGGGAGCAAAUUCAGCAGAGGAGUGCACCCUCGCUCCCCCUGGUGGACAACAUGCUAAAGGACAACACAGACGGCUGCGCCCUGGCUGCUCUGCUACAUUUCUACUGCCCACAGACCGUUAGAUUAGAAGAUGUGUGCCUGAAGGAGACCAUGUCGCUGGCUGACAGUCUGUACAACCUGCAGCUGGUGCAGGAGUUCUGCAGGAGCAACUUGGACCGCUGCUGCCACUUCAGCCUGGAGGACAUGCUCUACGCACACGCAUCCAUAAAGAGUAACUACUUGGUGUUCCUGGCCGAGCUUUUCUGGUGGCUCGAAGUGGUUAAACCCUCAUUCGUUCAGCCCAGAGUCUUUGACCCUAAUGCUUGUGUGGUUGUAAGACCCUGCAGAAAUAUGGCUCCCGUGUCCAAGCAGAGCUAUGUGGACAGACCUGACAGCCCAGAAGACAUCGCUGAUGAAGGUGUAAUGAAGAGAUCUACCUCCAUGUCCUUUGUGGAUGGUUGUGUUGGGACUUGGCCACAAGAAAGACGCUCUUCCACACGGGGAAUUUCCUUUGAGAUUCCUCUGGAUGGAGAACCCACCGCACCGUUGUGUGAGGCUCCCUCCCUUAGCAGUAUGACCCGCUCCGCUAGCAGCGACGGUAUCGGGUUCAAAGUUCACCAUGCACCUCGAGGCGGCAUGAAGCGGCAUGUGUCCGUGGCGCCCGUCACCGUAAACGGACAGAACAGACACAUCGCAGAGGAGGAGGAGGACUUCAGCCCCCGCAGACCCCUGGGCAGGAACAACACCUUCUCCAUCAAGAAUCAAAGCAGGUGUCCCAAUGGAGUCCUCCCAGACAACAACCACAACCCUCCCAAUCACCAUGGUGACCACAGCGGCCACUCCAGCCCCUCGACCCCUCCGAGCAUCGAAGAGGCUUUAAAAAUAAUCCACGACACGGAAAGACCCCACGCCAGCCUCGGCCUGGGAGACAGAGACAAUGGCUUCUUUCUCCACGAUGCCCAACCUUCAGGACCCCAGGGGCAUCAAGGAGACGACCCGGGUGCAGCAAAAGCCCGGUUAAAUGACUACGACCCUAAUUCCGUGUCGACCGAAGACGUUGACACGGGCAUCCACGUGAGAACAGAGGACAUCCAAAGCUUGGAUGAGGACUCUUCCCUGAGAGACUACUCAGAUAUAGACCCCGACUGUGAGGCUAUGACCCGCUCGUCUGAAAAGGAGAGGAACUGGGAAGGUAGGCGUAAAGGGGUGGGGGAGUCUAACCCUGACUCCAGCAGUGGUAGAGGGGAUGGAGAGGACCGGAGCAGCCAGUGUCCGAGCUCGGCACCCACAUUGCCUCGAUCUCACACUAUGAGCCCCGCCUCUUCCUCCGGGGGCUCUGCAGGCGGAUUGGUGCGGAUGACCAGCUUUGCUGAGCAAAAGUUCAGAAAACUGGAGGGACGCAGCAGUGGAGGAACAACACCGGAGAGUUCAGACGUCAACACCGCAUACAAACAUCCUGCCAGAAGUGUUUACCCACAGAUCAGUACACCCCCCUUGCCAAUCACCUCCCCUUCUCCUGUAACACCUUCUCCCCGGGACCCCUCCCACCUGAUAGCCUCAGAGAUGAUCCAGCUGAGGAUGAAGCUCGAGGAGAAGCGCAGAGCCAUCGAAGCCCAGAAGAAGAAGGUGGAGGAAGCGUUCACUCGCCAUCGCCAGAAGAUGGGCAGAACAGCCUUUUUGAAUGUAGUGAGACGAAAAGGAGUGACCAGCCCGCUCAGUCCUCGCUCUGAAGGAACGCCUUCGACGCCAAAAGAAAGCUGCCAAGGCAGCAUGGAGAGGGCGGAGAGAUGCAAGCCUGAUGGCGCUGCUCCCAAAUCUCCCUGUGAAGAUGGAGGAGGUACGACGCCAGGGGAAACAGACCUUGCCGAGUACACUCGCUCUAUCGACAGGCUGAACUCGUCACUAGGCUUCCUGCAGACAGAGAUGCAGCGACUGGCUCAGCAGCAGGAGCGGAUCAUGACUAUGAGAGACCAACAGCAACAGGCCUGGGUCAUUCCUCCCCCUGCUCCAUCCCCACACAGGCAGCUCCGCAUGUUGCGUAGCAGCAGUGUCUCAGGCCGAGGAUCAGUGGGUUCCUUGUCUCCUGUCUUGUCCUCGUCCGGCUCUGUGAACCCUCCCAUUCGACCCUCUGCCGGCAUCAAGCGACGUCCGGCCUCCUUCCACGCCAGAACACCUCGGACUCCACGGCCCAACGAUCUGAAGAUCACGCCUAUUAGCCGAAUGCUCAACACCCCUACAUCCGUCGACAGCAUACCGAGACUGAGGAGGUUUACCUCCAGCCAAACACACACCAGUUCGUUUGCAUACCUGAGUCACGACGAGGGAUUCGGGACUAGCAAAAGCCUGGAGACUAAGGAGGGCAAAGAAAACACUAAGGACAAAGAUGAAGCCAAGAAGGGUGCAGGCACCCCCACAACCAAGGAGAGAGACAAAGACUCAGCUGAGCCUGAGGAAGCUUCGACGAGGAACGUCAACCAAUCAAGAACUUCAGAGGUAUUGUGUCAGCCGACGUCUGAGAUCCAAGGCAGCAAGGUGCAAGGAGACCCUCAGGACAGGAGAGAACUGGUGGAGGUGACGAUGUCUGGACUAUGGCCUGCAGAGAGCCAACUUCGGGAGGCAGGUGGAGAAACCGGAGACGGCCAGAAGAUGUGCUGUGGAUUUUUCUUUAAGGAUGAUGCAAAAGGGGAUGAGGACAUUGCAACAAAGAAAGCAGCUCUGCUGGAGAAGAGGCUGAGGAGGGAGAAGGAGGCACAAGAGAAGAAGCAACAACAAGAGCUGGACCAGGAGCAGAAAAAGGAAGCAGCACGGUUGAAAGCAGAAGAAGAACAGCUGAAAAAGGACGAGGAGAAGGCAAGAAAGGAAUACAUCCGGAACGAGUAUUUAAGGAGGAAGCAGCUUAAGUUGAUGGAGGACAUGAAUGAAGUUGUCAAGCCUCGAUGCGGAAGCCUCAAGAAGAAGCCUCGACCCAAGUCCAUCCACAGGGACGUCAUGGAGUCCUCGGCUGUCCCCGUGAGAUUAUCAGGCGUGCGUCCUCGAGGCUACUCGGUAUCCAGUGUUUCUUUGGCCUCUUUGAAUCUGACUGACAAUGACAGCAACCAUGCAGAUAACAAGAAGACGUACAGAGGCAAUAAAGUAGCUUCUCCUCAUUUCCCCUUCUUUCUAAACUCCCCUAAAGAAAGAAAGCAAAGGCCCGACUCUGCAGAGGGGUUUUCUUCGUGCCCCUCUGCUGGUAGUCGCAACGGAGAGAAGGACUGGGAAAACGAAUCGACCACUUCCUCCAACACCGAGUACACAGGACCGAAACUCUACAAGGAGCCCAGCGCCAAGUCCAACAAGCACAUCAUUCAGAAUGCUUUGGCUCACUGCUGCCUGGCCGGAAGGGUCAACGAAGGGCAGAAGAACAAGAUCCUCGAUGAAAUGGAAAAAUCCGAAGCCAAUAACUUCCUGGUCUUGUUCCGCGACUCCGGUUGCCAGUUCAGGUCGGUGUACGCCUACUGCCCCGAGACGGAGGAGAUCACACGACUGGUCGGCAUCGGACCCAAGACCAUCACGGCCAAAAUGAUCGAGGGCCUUUACAAGUACAACUCGGACAGGAAGCAGUUUAGUCAGAUCCCGGCCAAAACCAUGUCCGCCAGCGUGGACGCCGUCACUAUUGCGAGCCACCUGUGGCAGAGCAAGAAGCAGGGGACGCCCAAAAAGAUGCACAUGAAGUAGCACUAUCAGAUUUGGCAGAUACAAAUGGACACCCGUGUUUCCUCACCUGCCAAAUCAGACAUUCAUAGGCCAUCAAUGCCUCUGAAGUGAAUGUCCCGCCUCCUAAAGAGGCCGCGUGGUUUCAUAAGUUGAUCAUGUGUGGCCUUAUGCUUGUUUUUUGUCAUUUUGUCAGCGCCUGUUCAAAAAGUUUGGGUCCAGGUUAGAUCUGAUCUGGGAUCAGAUGUAUUAUUCACCUUGUGCUGCUAUCCGGGCGUUUUAAGACUGUUGCAAUGUUUAUGUGUUGUCAAGUGCCAAGAAGAGUGAUUGCCAUUAUUGAGUAUCUUCAAUCUGUCGCUGAGAAGCACCAGGAAAAGACUCUUUAUUUAUCAUUUAUUCAUUAUAUACUAAAUGUCUUGACUUUAUUUGUACAUAACGGCAAGUCACCUUCUAGCAGCCUAUGGGUAGCUCUUCUAAUUUAACAUCUUUAGUACAUCCUCAUUUUGGGGCCAUUUAUCGUGCCGUAACAUCCCAAAAAUAAGAGAUCCCUUCUUGUGCAAUGGACCCAUGCCAUCUUAUUGUGCAUCUUGUUUGACCCUGACUGUACAGAAAUGUUACAAAAACACUAUUAGCACUUCACAGUUGACUUUAAUGUUACUUUAAAAAAAAAAAAAAAAAAAAGUUAUCUGAGUAUGCAUCAACACUGUACAGAUAUAUUUUGGCAUACAGUAAAGUAUUUUUUGUAACAACAUUUAAAGAUGAUGGGGUGUGCCCUGAUGAAGCAGCGUGUUCAAUCAAGGACGUUAAAUGUGAGGAUGGAGUAAGAAUGAUGAGGCAAUCAUAAUAUUGUUGUUUUUUUCCCUUUGACUAAAUAUGCUUAACGGUUCUUGUAUUUGUUUUUUUCGCCUCUAGUAUUUCAGCUUUAAUAAAAUGCAGCAGCAUUCAGCA